GAUAUUACUUUUGGUGAUAGCAACAGAACGAAAGCUACGACAGAACCAAACAACAUUUUGAUAGCGUAUUUAACGAGAUCAUUCUCGGCCUCAUCUGAUGUGGCGCUUGAGGUGGUGGAUAUUGCCUCGGCCGAAGGGACUGCUUCAAUAAUUGCAUCCGCAAGGUCUGAGAUGAAGGACGAUGUACAGUUUAGAGCGGGAACUCGGCCCCAAUUAACAAUACCAGAUUUAAGGGCCAAUUCUCUGUACUCCAUGUCGAUUUCUUCAAGGCAUACCUCACUGGAACAGCCAGAAGAGACUUUACACCUUGCUGACCAAGCUCGACAAGCACUUCAUCAGUAUACGGUUUCAACCACUGCACAGGACCCACACGGCUCUGGUACACCAGAA